AUGGCCGACUCUGGAAUGAACGUCUUAUACACAGUUGGUGGCUACGCUGCCCUCGCGGCACUCGGCUACACUGUAUACCACUAUUCCACUGGCUCUGAUGUCAAGAGGCGAGCAGCCGCUGCAAAGGCCAAGGCUUCCCAGCCCGAAGUUCGCAAGGAAGAUAGGAAGAAGAAGCAACGCAUGGAAGCUUUUGCACAAGAGACCCAGUCGGCCUCCAAAGCUGCCCAGGCUGCCCUUCCAGAGGUUAAGGAGCCCGAGGCCACCACAACCACCAUCCGUGACACCAUGGACGACUCGGCCGCCAACCGCGAGUUCGCGAAGCAGCUCUCCAAAGCACAAGAGGGUACAAAGUUUGCCGCCAGAUCUGACGCCAAGCAGCGCGAGAAGUCUGUCAAGCAGUCCAAGGCUGGCCAGAUUGACGCCACCAAGGCCACCAAGACCGAAGCUCCUGUCCCGGCUCCCACUGCCCUUGUUCAGCCGGAAGCCCCUGCCGAUGUUGAAGAGCUGGUCGAGGAAGCGACUAGCGCUGCGCCCGCUGAGGCUGGUCGCGUCGAUGACAUGCUUGAGCCCAAGGCCCCUGCUCCCACUGUUCUGCGCAUCAGCGAGUCCUCCAAGCCCAAUGAGCAGAAGAAGAAGGAGAGCAAACCGGUCGAAAAGGGCGAGACCAAGAAGCAGCGCCAGAACAGGAAGAAGGCCGAAGCUGCCAAGGCUGCCCGCGAGGAGGCCGAGACUGAGCGCAAGGCUCUCGAGGAGAAGCAGCGUCGCCAGGCUCGUGUUGCCGAAGGCCGUGCUGCCAAGGAUGGCUCCCAGUUCACCAACGGUGCCGCCACCGCAUGGAAGCAGGGUGCCCCUAACGGCGCACCCAAGACCAAUGGCGAGCUGCACGCGCCUCUUGACACCUUUGACACCACCUUGGCCCCUGCCCAGCAGACCAAUGGAGCUGUUAACGCUGCGCUUGCUGUAGUUGAAGAGCCUGUCAAGCAGGAAGAAGAGGAGUGGAGCACCGUCAAAACCAAGAGCUCCAAGAAGAAGGCAGCAGCUGCUAGCAACUCCGGCGACGAGGAGCCCGCCGCUGCUCCGGCUGCUGCCCCGCAGGCCAAGCCUGUAACGAAGCAGGUUGCUCCCAAGACGAACGGCAACAGUGCCAACACCAAGAAAGCCUUUGGUGGCUCCUUCUCCGCCUUGACGAACGACGACGCCGAGGAAGAGGAGGAGGAGGAAUGGGACGUCUAA